GUGGUGGGGACCCGGCCUGGGCACCGCACUCGGACCUGGGCUGUGGGGCCAAGGCUCCUAGCCGAAAGGUGGCGGGCGGGAUCCAGGUUAACAGAAACCAGCCUCCUGGGCCAUGCCGGUUUUAAGGCCUCAUGAUCCUGAGCAGAAGAUAGAAGGGCCGGUUCCAACAGUGGAUAACUGCCCCUCCCUGAGCAGGAGAUGGGGUAGUACCUGGGAUCAGUCCACCACCAGACUUCAGGCUUAAUUUGCCAGCUGGAUGAAGGGAUGUAACAGACCCCUGGGAGCAACACAAAAGCUUGCAGUAGGGGGGGAGGGGAGGGGCCUGGAUACACCCCUUCCCCCCCAGACUCCUCCCCGUCUAGGUCCACUCAUGGACUUCGGACCAGGAUUACAGGAGAGAACUGCAUUUCCUUUUGUGGAUCUAAUUUGGGACUCUGAGCAUUGGAAAUGGAGUCUGCAUAGGAGUUUGAUGAUCUCUAGGGGAGCAACUAAAAGGAGAGGAGCAAGGUGCAUGGCUGCCUCCUGAUUCUGAAGGCCGGAGGAAGCUUCCCUAGAAGGGUGGUCAAGAAGUGCACGAGGCAUACAGAGGGCAGCCCAGAGCCCUGUCUUUGCCCCCCACCCUCCCCUCUGGGGGCCAGGAUGCUGAAGAAGCAGUCUGCAGGGAUUGUGCUGUGGGGCGCUAUCCUCUUUGUGGCUUGGAACGCCCUGCUCCUCCUCUUCUUCUGGACACGCCCGGCACCUGGCAGGCUGCCCGCAGACAGUGCUCUUGAUGAUGACCCUGCCAGUCUCACCCAUGAGGUGAUCCGUCUGGCCCAGGAAGCUGAGGUGGAAUUGGAGCGACAGCGGGGGCUGUUGCAGCAGAUCAAGCAGCACCAUGUUCAGUGGCGGCAGCAUUUGAAGGUGCCCACUGUGGCUCCUCCUGCACAGCGUGUGCCUGUGACCCCACUGCCAGCGGUUAUCCCCAUCCUGGUCAUUGCCUGUGACCGUAGCACCGUCCGGCGUUGCCUGGACAAGCUGCUGCAUUACCGGCCCUCUGCCGAGCACUUCCCUAUCAUCGUCAGCCAGGACUGUGGGCAUGAGGAGACUGCCCAGGUGAUUGCUUCCUACGGCAGCGCCAUCACGCAUAUCCGGCAGCCUGACCUGAGCAACAUUGCUGUGCCGCCUGACCACCGCAAAUUCCAAGGCUACUACAAGAUCGCCCGGCAUUACCGCUGGGCGCUGGGCCAGAUCUUCCAUCGAUUCAAGUUCUCAGCGGCUGUCGUGGUUGAGGAUGACCUGGAGGUGGCACCAGACUUCUUCGAGUACUUCCAGGCCACCUACCCGAUGCUGAGGGCUGACCCCUCACUCUGGUGUGUGUCUGCCUGGAAUGACAACGGCAAGGAACAGAUGGUGGACUCGAAUAAGCCCGAGCUCCUCUACCGCACGGACUUUUUCCCUGGCCUGGGCUGGCUGCUGCUGGCUGAGCUCUGGGCCGAAUUGGAGCCCAAGUGGCCCAAGGCCUUCUGGGACGACUGGAUGCGCAGGCCAGAACAACGACAGGGAAGAGCCUGUGUGCGGCCUGAAAUCUCAAGAACGAUGACCUUUGGCCGCAAGGGUGUCAGCCAUGGGCAGUUCUUUGACCAGCACCUCAAGUUCAUUAAGUUGAACCAGCAAUUUGUGCCCUUCACCCAACUGGACCUGUCCUACCUGCAGCGGGAGACCUACGACCGGGACUUCAUUGCUCGUGUCUAUGGUGCUCCCCAGCUGCAGGUGGAGAACGUGAGGACCAAUGAGAGGAAGGAGCUGGGGGAGGUACGGGUGCAGUACACAAGCAAGGACAGCUUCAAGGCCUUUGCCAAGGCCCUGGGUGUUAUGGAUGACCUCAAAUCAGGGGUCCCCAGGGCUGGCUAUCGGGGCAUUGUUAGUUUCCAGUUCCGGGGCCGCCGCGUGCACCUGGCGCCCCCGCAGACCUGGAGUGGCUAUGACCCUAGCUGGAAUUAGUCUGCCCCCUGCCCCUCCUCGGCCCUGCCCUCGCCGUAUCAUAGGCAGCGGCAGGGCCACAGUCCUCAGGCGGUGUCAUCUUGUCUAGGUUUCCCUCUUGAGUCCAUUUAUUUUUAUUUUCUUUUUAGAGUGGCAUCCGAGGGCAAGGUGAUAGGGCAAGGGCGUUCCCUCCGUCUCACCAGGGGUCAGGUCGGGAGAAUCUUUCUGGAUUGGUAUGUUGGGAGGUAUUUGGCAAGAAACCACUGUGUGGUAAAGGGAGACUUGGGUUUCUGCGUCCAGUGUUCAACCAGGGCAUCUGUAGAGAAGUUGAUGACUUCAGUUCUCGUGACCGGGCCCCUUCUCCCCUGAUCUGGCUCUUUUGUCAUCCCUCCUCCACCUUUUCCCCAUCUUUCACCAGGAUGUGUGUGGGGCGGGGACUGGAUUGUGUGAGAAAGGGGAUGUACCUGUGGCCCAAACAAGACUAACCAAAGGGAUUUCACCGCCAGGGUCGGAGUGGAGUUGUUUUUGUCAGGAUUGACUGCCCCGCCUCUUGUUUCUUCCACCUCGGUGCUUUUACUUUUUCUUCCCAUCCCUGUGACCUCCGCUUUCUCCCAGCAGCCCUGCGGUUUGUGCUUCUAGGAGGAAAAGCUGCAGGGGAGAAGCCAGACCUCACCGCAGCGCUUCACCAGCUGUGGGAAGCGAACGUGGGGAAGAGAAAGCCGCAGCUGUGGCUGGGACAGCCUACUCCUCAUCACUUGUCAAAGAGACGGGCAGUCUCCUGCACCCCUGCCCCGGAUGUCGCUGCCUUCCCUGUUACUAGGAAGGUUCAGCGCUGACUUGUUGAAAGAGAUCAUUGGCUCCUCUUAUCCCUUCUUCCCUUAGGAUUUGGUGCACAAGCUCCUCCGUGAGGUCUUUGGCUUUUGGUAUCUUCUCUUCCUCAGUGCGAGGCAGAAGGGUCAAGACCAGAACCACUUCAGCUCUGGUGCCAGGGCUUGCAAGCCCCCCAGCCCACAUUCCCAUAUCCUAACGGGUUAGGAUGCAGGUGGCAGGUUGGAGAGGAAUUUGUGUGCUGUUGUUUCUUGCCUGACCUCAAUUUCAUGUACGAAAGUUGAAGCUACAGAAAUAUUUUCAAAAAUAAAGUAAAGGCUGUAUUGUCUGAAAAA